UACUUAUUAUCGUAGCUAGAAGAUUAACUGAUAAGUGAAGUAAAAACAACAAGGUACAAAAUAUUGAUUUAUCAUUAAUCCGCGAACCGAACUGCAUUGUUUGGGUCUAUAUUUGUUAAUCAUAAUAAUAUAACGCUGUUUUUAUGUGCAAAAUAUUAAAUUUAUAGAAAUUGUCCGAAUUUAACUGACGUAAUGGAGACAAAGACUGAAACUAAACGUUUUAAUUUUGAAAAUCUUAAGCUAUACUUGCCACCUUCUAUAAGCGGAGACGCUCCAUAUCUCAAAAAUAUGUUACUCAGGUAUUUAGAAAGCGAAUUUCCCCGCACGACGAGCAAUAACAGCGUGUUUCACAUACCGAAGGAAUAUUUAAGAACGGGAGAAAAUCAGGGACGCCAAGCCGAGCAAAUAGCAUUUCAGCGGCUAAAAAAUCUAUCCACAUUGAACGUGUCCGACCUGUGGAUUCUGUUUUUCCACAGUAUAUCCUAUGGAGGAUACUCGAACAGAAAUCAAAGACUAGGCAAACUUAUCAUGAGAGAACAUGAUUUUGUUGUUUUUGUCAAGUACCAAGGAAGAAAUUUCGUUCUGUUUGUUGAAGUAAAAUCGACCAACGAUCGAGCUACAAUUAAACAUGGCAUAGAAAUGGUUGCCGACUCAAAAACUAUUAAAAACCAUAAAAGAACUGCUCAACAUCAAUUGCGUGAUCAUUUGGAAAUUUUAAAAACUGACUUGGACUAUGAAGUUAAAGACGAAAUUCAAUGUUACAUUAUGUGGCCAUUUUUAGGUGAAAAUACCACCGAUCCGAAACAGCAGAUUGUCAAAAGGUGGACCGAAGACGAUAAUCUGCACGUUUUCGAAAAUACAAUCGCAAGCCAAGAAGCCUUCAAUAGUUGGUUUCUUCGAAUCGUUGUUUCGCAGAAAAGCUGUUCUGAUCAGAUAUUUGCACACUUGAUAUCCAGGUACAUCGUUCUGAGUUGUGGCAUCUUUAUGGAUGAAAUCGACAAAGAUUUACUGGCGUUACUCACACAGGAACAAGUAAAGGUCCUAACGAGCCCCAUUUGUCAAAAGGGCGGUGCUUUGGUGGUGCAUGGAAUUGCUGGAACCGGAAAAACGUUGCUCAUUUUGAAGAAACUGCAACUGUUGCACCAAAAUGGACAACUCAAUGAAAAAAAACGAGCUCUGUACGUUUGCUAUUGGCCAGGAAUUAGAUGCGAAGUAAAACAUAAACUGAAAAUUAUGGGACUUGAGGAUUACGUGGACACCACAAGAUUCUAUAUAACAUCGACAUACUUUAUGAAAAACAACAGGAAUAAAUACAAACAUAUUUUCAUGGACGAAACCGAAGCAAUCAUAAUAAGCUUUGGACCUGAAAUAGUUCAAAACACCUUUUACAAGAUUUACCAAGCCUAUCAUGAUGGGAACUGUUUCAGAGAAAAUUGCUCACUCUCAGGCUUAGAAGCUUUCCAGCAACAUCCAAUUUCCGCCUUAAUAAAGCUGCACAUUGAGGCGAAAAUAUCAUGGGGCGAACUGUGGUUUAUGGUUGACACAAAUCAGGCAUUCAUUAGCCUGCCGAAAAAUUCGCCUGAGAUCUUGAAAUCGCCGCACAUUAUCUUAAAUAAGCUGAUAAGAUCAACAAGCCAAAUUUGUAGCUUCUUUAGCAUAGUGACUCAGCAGCCGGUACCUCUCAACAUGCUCAACUUUCCCAAAUCCCAGGAGGAACCGCCGAUAUUUUGGGUUCCCCGGAAACAAAACGUAUCGCAAUCAGUAUGUGAGGUAAUAGUGGACUUAUGUGCAGCAAAGGGCAUUAAACCAAGCGACAUUUGCGUUAUUCCUUUUCUUCAAAACGAAAUGCUUUCAAUCGAAGCUAUUAACCUGCAGAUUUGCCAGAAAUUUGUAGAAAAGGCUUUCCGACCGGAAUGCAUUAGUGAUGUCGAAGAUUUCCUAACGGAUAGAAAACCGUACGAAUUUCUCCUCGCGUGGGCCUUGCGAGUUAAGGGACUGGAAUUUAAAGUUGUCGUGAUGGUCAUAGAUGAAGACCAAUUCGAUUAUGACGAUGUUGAUGAUAGGAAAAGAGUCUAUGUUAUCUGCUCUAGAUCUACCUGCAUGCUGAUUGUGAUUAGUGAUGACCAAAACCGGAGAGAGAUCGGCCUUAGUGAAAUAUCGGAAGAAUACUGCUUCAAUAUUAAAUUUGGAUGCAAUCGUGACUUGGAACAGACAUAAAAAAAUGAAGAAAUAAACCCACUUGAAAUAUA